UAAUGGUUUUACCACUAAGGCACGAUGACCACUGACUUGAGUCUUCCUCUUUCCUCAUUUUCUUGAGUAUUAUUUUGAUUUUACCUUUAACCGCGUUGUGUUAAACUUUAGUUGGUCACUCUAGUCGUUGUCUUCAAGUUUAGUGGUUACUAAAGUUCCGUUGUCAUUGUUGUCAAUGUUGCGAAGUUCAGUGUCGGCUAAAGUGAUAAGUGAAGAUGCGAGUGGUCGUGUCGGUCGUGUUUGUUGUCGUGUUUAACUUUGUUUGUGGACAAGAAGAUGUAGAAACAGGAGACAACCUGCAGUACCAGUUCUUCCCGGUGGUGGGGAGCUCGCUGCAGUUCAAAGUGAAGGCACACAACGAUGCGCACAUCGCGCUGUCUUUACAUCCAAGGGAGACGGACCCUCUGUAUGAGGUUGUCAUUGGAGGCUGGGCCAACACAAAAAGCGCGGUCAGAAAAAGGGUCUGCGCAUUCCAAGAAAAAGAUGCAAAGCCAACACCCCAGUACCUCAACAACGAUGAGUUUCGCGGUUUCUGGGUGCAUUGGGAGAACGGGAUAGUGUCCGCUGGGCGCGAGGGCGAGGCGAACGCGUUCCUUUCGUGGCGCGAUAAUGACCCCUUUCCCAUUGCUGCUGCGGGAGUGCAUACUGGAUUUGGGUCGAAGGGAGUCUGGAAGUUACAAAAUGCAUCUUUUGAUGAAAUUGACAUAAGAAGUGCAAACGACCAAUUUUUAGAAGUGAAAACGGAGGAUAACACUAAGUACCAAUUCUUCCCCGUGUCAAGUAACAUGCUUCGCUUCAAGGUUCGCGCGAAGAAUGAUGCUCAUGUAGCGCUAGCUAGCUUUCCGUGGGAGUCCGGCCCAAUGUACGAGAUCGUCAUUGGCGGUUGGGAUAACGGUAAAAGCGCCAUCCGACGAAGAUAUUGCGAGCAGCAAGAGAAGGAUAUUAUAGCAACACCUCAGUAUUUGAACAAAGAUGAAUACCGUGGGUUCUGGAUGAAGUGGGACAAUGGCAUCGUACUGGUCGGGAAAAUGAAUGAAGAUAGUCCCUUCUUGUCGUGGCACGACCCUGAUCCUUUCAAGGUGGCUUACGUCGGAGUUCACACUGGUUUCGGUUCGACUGGCACUUGGAAGAUCGACAAUGUGCCUUCGUCAGAACCCAAGAAUAUCGACAAUGAUGUAUUUACGGAGGAUAACGUCCAAUAUCAAUUUUUCCCCGUGUAUGGCACCUCGACCAAGUUUAAAGUGCACGCGCGCAAUGACGCCCAUGUUGCUCUCGCCUCCAUACCUCGGGAAUCUGGGCCUAUGUAUGAGAUCGUUAUCGGAGGUUGGUCGAACACAAAAAGCGUCAUAAGAAGGAGGACCUGCUUCCCCUGGGAGAGAGAAGAAGUCCAAACCCCGAAUAUUUUGGGUGGAGAUCAAUACCGUGGGUUCUGGGUUAGGUGGGACAAUGCCAAUAUCCAGGUGGGGCGACGGGGUGAGGCGAAGCCCUUUAUGACCUGGCAGGAUUUGGAGCCAAUGACAGUUAAUUAUUUCGGCGUGCAUACUGGCUUUGGAGCUACUGGCACGUGGGAGAUCGAUAAUUUACAAAACGGCGAAGGAAGCAAAUCUCUCUUACCUACGGGAGAUACCACAGAGUAUCAGUUUUUCCAAGUAUCGGGUCGCUCAGUGACUUUCAACGUACGGGCAAAUAAUGAUGCCCACGUCGGUCUUUUCUCAGAGCCUCGUGAAACUGACCCCAUGUACGAGGUCGUUAUUGGAGGAUGGGGAAACACAAAAAGCGUGAUCAGAAAGAAGUAUUGCCACCAAAGAGUUGAAAAGGACGAAGUAUCAACACCAAAUUACCUGAACGAUUACCAGUACCGAGGUUUCUGGGUGAAGUGGAAGAAUGGCAAAAUCUCUGUGGGGCAGGAAGGCUCGAGCCGGGCGUUUAUGUCGUGGGAUGACUUGAAUCCCAUACGAGUGACUCAUAUGGGUUUACAUACUGGGUUUGGGUCUACUGGCACAUGGAAGAUCAAAAAUGAAUCUCGUAAUAAUGCCGAAGAACUUAUUACGACUGGUGACAAUCUCCAGUACCAGUAUUACCCGAUAUCAAGCACAUCGCUGAAUUUCAAAGUGCGAGCUCGCAAUGACGUCCAUGUUGGUCUGACGUCGGGCCCGGAGGACACUGAUCCUAUGUAUGAGAUUGUAAUCGGAGGUUGGGCUAACUCAAAGAGCGUCAUCAGAAAAAGAUGUUGUCUACCGCCAGAGAGAGAUGAAGUUCAGACUCCAGAAAUCUUAGACGACGGCGGGUUCCGUACUUUCUGGAUGAGCUGGGAAAACGGAAACAUUAUGACGGGACGGGAAGGGGAAACGAGCCCGUUUUUGAAAUGGCAAGACCCUAAUCCUUUCCCUGUUAGCUAUUUCGGCGUGCAUACUGGUUUUGGGUCAACCGGGACUUGGAAACUAGGAUCUUCUACUAUUGAUGAUCGAGUUAGCCACAAGCCAGUAGUAAUCCCGCUAGUACUGCCAGCGGAGACUCCAGCGCCAGCGGUGUGUGCACCGACAAAGACAGACGCCUGUUUACCGGCACCGCCUGCGCAGGGCAGGUCGUCUUUGAAGAGAACUUCGACGCUCUGCGGGAAGACGUGUGGCAGGUUCAGCAGUAUGUGCCCAUUGAUCACCCUGAUCUUCCUUUCGUGUCAUACCAACGUUUCACAGUUUCCGUGAAAAACGGAUAUCUCCGUAUUACGCCUGCUUUGCAGCAAGUCCAGCCUGGAUUCACUUACUACAGUUUAUAUGGCUCUUUGGAUCUAUAUAAUGGAUGUACUUCGGGACAAUCUUCUUCGUGCCAUAUAGAAGCUAGCGAUGGGUCAUCCAUCUUACCGCCGGUGGUGGGAGGCCGAAUCACCAGCAAAUCUAGCUUCGCUUUUACAUAUGGUACCAUCACUGUUCGUGCCAA